AUGAUAGGUGGCAAGCUUUUAUCGUGGAGAACCUGGCGACAACAUCAGAAGAACCAUCCUCAACAUAUAACUACUGUUCUGACAAAUUCUUCAUCUCAUACAAUAUCUCGUACAACUCAACGACCUAUAACUAAUUCAAUAAUUCAAAAGCUCAACACUUUCAAUGGACAUAGUAACUUCGAUGAUGAAAACGUGAUAGAUUAUUUUAACACACAAUUGGACCAAAGUAACUUUGAUGAUGAAAAUGAGAUAUAUUCUGACACACAAAUGAAUGAAUUUGAAGACCAUAAUGAGGGUAGUAUAAAUAUGGCAGAGACAUCUUUAUAUACGGAAAUAAUAGAAAUCUCACUUCAAGAAUAUAACAAGUCAGCGUCAAAUAAGACUUUAGUUUAUAAGCCAAAAAGAUUAUCAACAUUGCAACUAGAUCAUUUGUCAAUGGAUGAUCAAAGCGAUGACAAUAAUAAAUCUAAUAGCUCUAAUCAAAGCGAACAAGGUAGUGAUUCCAAUCAAAGUGACGAAAAUAAUAAUUCUGAUCAGGAUGAAUAUGACAUUUAUGAAGAAAUCGACAUCAAUGAGGAAACUGAUAAUGAACAUUACGAAAGAAUUAAACUAUCUUCGUUAUUAAAUGCUAAUUCAAGGUUACCAGAUACCUUUCCAGAACCAUCAUAUAAUCCAGUACGACUUUUAUAUAAUCCACCACUUUUAAAAGAAAAUUAUGUGACACAAUGGAUUAUUCUUUGGUUAUUUUUUUUCCAAAGAGCAUUUAUGAUUACUAAGACUGGAAUAAUGACUUUAUUUAUUUUUUUAAGCCAAUUAUUAACUUUUAUAGAUGCAUUUCAAUUUCAAACUUUUCCAAAAAGUCAAUACUUUGUUGAAAAAAUUAUCGCACAACCCGAAUUGAUACUCAAAUAUAUAGUGUGCUUGCGUUGUCAUUCUCUUUACUUACCUGCGGAAUUGCAUUUAAAAAUUACAGAACAUACAAAAUGCCCUAUAUGUCAAAAAGUCUUAACGAAGGCUAUUAGGGGGUCAGGUGGAAAACUUAAAUAUAAACCUCAAACGAUUUAUCCUUAUCAAUCUAUUAUUACGAGAAUUGCGUCAAUAUUAGCAGAUGAAUCAAAUGAAAGAUUAAUGAAUUCACCAUUUAAGCGGCAAAUUGAGAAUGGUGUAUUAGGUGAUAUUUAUGACGGAAAAGUUUGGCAAGAAUUUUUAGAUGAGCAAGGACAGCCAUUUUUUCCUGUAGUCAAUGAACUAAAGCAACUUUGGAGUAGACAAUUGUUUAAAACUACUUUAUAUCCAAUCAGACGUAUGUUUCAUUGUGCAUUAAUUCAAAUUGCAUGUGAUAUACCAGCUGCACGUAAGGUUACAGGACUAGUAUCGCAUUCUUCAAAACAUGCAUGCAGUAAAUGUACUCGAGUUUUUUCAUGCUUUUCAGGAUCUUCCAAACUUGAUUACUCUAAUUGUAUUCAAGAUGAUCCACCAUUGACUAAUGCUAAACAUCGACGAAUAGCAUUUCAAUACAAAAUUAGAUUCCCAAAGCUUGGUAUUAAACAAUUACAUGAAAUUCAAAACCUAAUUGAUGCAACUCCUUUACCAGUUGAUAUGGGACGUAUAAACUUUAAGAUCACAUCAGGUUUCGAUACACUUACAGCAGAUCAAUGGAAGACCCAAAGAAUUAUAACUGAAGCUGAAAUUGAAGCUGGUCAUAAAGCUAUGAUAGCAUUUUUACAGUAUGCUGAACAAAUUUAUGAACUUGGUUUAUUUCCUAACUCAAAUCGUAAUAUGGAGCUCGAAGUGCUAGAAAAUUUUAAUUAUCAAAUCUAUAUUCAACAAAUUAAAGCCAAAGCUUAUCUCUACUUGUCACAAGAUUUUUUAUCAUCAUUAGAUUUAAUUGUACAAUCUAAUAUUGAAAAAACUGGAUCUUUGGGACAUUAUAAUUUUACAGUUCAAGAGGCAUUAGACUUCUGUACAAUGUCUGGUGGAUUAAUUAAUCAUAUUGUAACUGGUUCAGAACAAUUUCCUGAUUAUUUUAUUGGGCCUUUUCAUGAGAUUACCUUAUCAAUUAAGAUGACUAAAUUUCUUGUUCAAUAUUAUUCAAAUAUUUAUCCGAAUUAUAGCUUUCACAGUGAAAAUCAAAAACCAAAUUCAAAACAAUCAAUUCUAGUUUCUUCAACAGCCCGUCAAGCAAAAGCUCUUAAACUUGGAGAUGAAAUAUAUUAG